UUAUUUUAUUUAAUUAAUUUAAUUUGAAUUAAAUUCGAAACAAAAUAACAAAACAUUUAAAUGGAUGUUUAUUGUCAUCGUGUUUUAUUAGAAACAAAAUCUUUUUCUUUGUGAUCUCUGUUUUGUAAAGUGUGUUUUUUUUUAUUGUGAUUUUGGUUUUACUUUGUUCUUCAUCGAAAUCAUCAUGAAUCGCGAAGAUCCAACGCAACCAUGCAUGAUACCAAAAAAGAAAAGUUACGUCAAUUUAGAAAAUCCAGAUGCAAAACCAAUACGGGGCUCGUCAUUUCGUCAAGUGAUAGCAGCAUUUAUUGCAAAUCUUGGCACAGUUAAUACUGGUUUAGUUUUUGGAUUUUCAGCUGUAGCUAUACCACAACUUGAAGCUAAAGACAGUAUAAUUCCAAUUGAUGAAUAUCAAGCUAGUUGGAUUGCAAGUUUAAGUUCAGUUACGACACCAAUUGGAUGUAUAUUGAGUGGAUAUUUGAUGGAUAAUUUUGGACGUAAACCUACAUUAAUUUUAACUGAAAUUCCAUUAAUUUUAGGAUGGUUUUUAAUAUCGAUUGCUCAAGAUAUUACAAUGAUUUAUAUAGGACGAUUACUUGUGGGACUUGGUUCUGGGAUGGUUGGAGCCCCAGCAAGAGUAUACACUUGUGAAGUAACACAACCACAUUUACGAGGAAUGCUUGGUGCACUAGCUAGUGUUGGCAUUUCAUUAGGUGUUUUAGCUCAGUAUACUCUGGGUUCGAUAUUAGCAUGGAAAACUUUAGCAGCGGUUUCAGCUGUUGUUCCAAUUGUUGCAUUGCUACUAAUGUUAAUGGUACCUGAAACUCCAAGCUAUUUACUUUCUAAUUCCAAAUCUGAAUCAGCACGGGAAUCAUUGAAACGUUUGCGUGCAUCUGCCUGUAAUGUUACGCAAGAAGUUGAACAAAUGCAACUAUUUAGAGAGAAAAAUAACUGUAAAAGGUUGCAAACUUGGAAUGAAAUUUUUGAAGCUUUAAAGAAACCAUCGACAAUGAAACCGUUCUUCAUUCUUACUUUUUAUUUCUUAAUGUAUCAAUUUUCUGGUGUCAAUAUUAUUACAUUUUAUGCUGUCGAAAUAUUCCAGAAAUCUGGUGUUUCAAUCAAUAAAUAUUUAGCAACAAUAAUCCUAGGAGUAACACGAGUAAUUUUCACCAUUGUUGGAUGUAUAUCACUCCGAAAAUAUGGUCGGCGUCCAUUAACAUUCAUAUCAUGUAUUGGUUGCGGUCUUACAAUGCUUGGAUUAGGAACGUAUAUGUUCUUCCUGGAUAAAUGGACCAGCACAAAUACUGAACCAAUUUUAACAUGGAUUCCAUUAGCAUGUAUUCUACUAUUUACUACAACAUGUACGGUUGGAUUCUUGGUUGUACCAUGGGUGAUGAUUGGUGAGGUAUAUCCACAAGAAAUCCGGGGUAUUGUUGGUGGUAUGACCACAUGUUGUGCUCAUAUGUCUAUAUUUGUGGUUGUUAAAACGUAUCCGAUGAUCACACAUUUAAUAUAUCGGUAUGGAGCUUUCUGGGUUUAUGGAUGUAUUUCACUUUUAGGCACAAUAGUACUAUACGUCUAUCUACCAGAGACCAAAGGAAAAACUUUGCAAGAAAUUGAAGACUAUUUUUGUGGUAGAACGGAAUCGUUAAAAAAUAAUAAUAAAAAAAAUACGCUUUUGACAGUGCCCAAAGGAGAAUUGUUACCUUAAAAAGAUGUACCUUAAUUUUAAAAUGAAGUGAUAACAGAUAUAUUAUCUGUCCAUUUUAAAUAAACAAAAAAUCAUUUAGUUUUUAAAAAAAAAAAAAACCUUACAGUAAUUAAUAUUUUUUAGUUUCUUUGUACAUAAUUAGUUAAUUAUUUGAUAAAUAAGAGAUAAGAUGUUUCCCUUUUAAACUAAAUCUCCCAGUUAUUGAUUGGAUUGUAAAAAACGCAGCGCGCUAUUACAAUUUCUCCGCAUGUAUUUCAGAAUCGGAGACCUUCGAUUAUGACGUAAGUGAUUGCAGUCUUGUUGACAUAAGCAGCAGACUUUAAAAACUUCAAAAGGAAAUCGGAAAAGUGUGUACGGAAAAUAACUCUCGGUCCAAUAUGGCUAGAAUUUGGGAAAAUAUUCUUCUUAUCAUUAUGAACAAAUGUCUCAAUGAGCACAAAUCUCGACAACGUGGUUUUCGAGAUAACUUUAUCUGUAACUUUGGCAGAUACCAAUUCCUGUCCUCGUUUCAGGCGUAAAUGUGUCGAUUCCUUAUGAUGUAACACUUCUUGAAAUUCAAUGAAAAUCGGGCAAAAAACUUUGCCGUCAGAAUGACAAGAAUAAUUUUUUCCCAAAUUCUGGCGACAUUUGACCAUUUUCCACAUUACAGUGGUCAUGGGGCCGGUGACAAGACCGAACAUAUGAUACAGUAUGAUCUCAUAAGUAUUCAGAAACACAUGUCCAAUCAAAUGUACAUAUUUCUGGCAAAAACCAGAAUAUGUUUGUUUCUUUUUUAAUAGUCAAUUCACUUUUCCGUACAACUCAAACCUUGCAUUAAUUUUGAUCACCCUGUACAACAAUUGACUAUCCUUCUUACAUAUAUGCAUCAAAUCCGUAGCUUUCUUUACAAUCAGAUAAAAAUAGUGAAGGGUAGGAGGAAUAGUUUGUUUUUUUCCCUCUCACCGACUUGAGCGAAAGUUUCGUCUAACAGCGUAAUUACGAUUUUUACACACUACUUCUGUACUAUUUUUCUUCAUUUACUAAACAAUGACGUCAUAUGUGAUUUACUUUACAAGGGAAACAACUAAUUGCGUUCAGAUUCAAGUGCAUUAUAUAAAGUCAGUUAGGUACU